AUGAUUAAAAAAUACAAGGAGAUUGAUGAAGCGGCAAACAAAGAGACAGUUACCAAGAAAAUUAACUCUUUACGCACCGUUUACAAAAAAGAGCGUGCCAAAAUAAUGAAAUCCACAAAAAGUGGUGCUGGUGAAGAUGAUAUCUACAACCCGACGUUAUGGUAUUUUGAUUUGCUUGACUUUCUGAAUGACCAAGAACAAAUAAGACAGUCGACAAACACUAUCGAUGAUGAGGCACAUCAAGAGGAAAGUGAAAAAGAGGAAGAUUCACAUGACCGAUUUGGAAAACAUGUCGCUGAUAGACUUCGAUCAGUUCAUCCUGAUCAACUUAAAUUUGCAAUGAAACUUAUCUCUGAUGUUUUAUUUGAGGCAGACAUAUUAUCCUUACAUAGAUAUUCCAAAAUUAUAACUGAAGACCAACACCCUCCUCAACAGUCUCCACGAGAAACCAGAAAGCCACACUUUAACCAAUAUGCGCCACCUUGUGUCACCAAUACCGAACCAAAUAGACAAAUUUCAAGUCAAGGCUGGCGUCAAGGGUAUUACGUACCGGAAAUCGGUCAAGAACAGCAUGUCCAACAGCUACAACUAAUUCAUAAUUCAACCACACCGGAGGAACCCGCUAACACAAAUUUUACUCUUUCAGACUAUCGAACCCCAGUUUCAGAAAAGGACACAGAUUCUAAUCCCAAAGAUCUUGUUCAGGAUGUUUUAAAUUUUAAACCUAAUGAGGGUGUUUAA